AUGCCGCAGCAUUACAGCAAGUGGAAGCUGAACAAGUCCGAGCAGAAAAAGGUGGACGACGAGGAGCAAGCUUUGGUUGCGCAGCUUAUCAGAGCAGGAAAGACCAAAAAUGAAGCGCAGCAGCAAGCAGCCCAGGCAAAGGAAGUACAGGUGAAGGCAAUGAAAGAGGCAAAGAUGCAGAGAAGUCAAGCCAAAAAGGCUGGCAACCCCCCUGCAGCUGCAGGCGGGAUGCCUGGGCAGCCUGCUUUGACCAAUCUCAACAUGCCCGCUGACGCCCAAAAGAACCAGGGCUACUAUGAGUCGCUGAUGGAGGCGAUCAACACCAUUUUGAAAUGCCCGAAGUUCUCCGACAUCCGGGUUGCCGAACCGCUUGCCAUCACUGAUGGAGUUGACGCUUCGUCGGGCGUGCAGGCGGUGUUCAACCAGCAGGAAGCGAAGAUCGCACUGCAGAAGGAAGGCGCUUACAGAAGUGCCAUUAACCUUUUUUGGUUAGACCCUUUUGGCAGCCCAACGCCAACCGUGCCACUAUCCAAGAAGCGGGUCCAGGAAUUGGGUUCAUUUGCGUUUCCCGGCUACAAGCCAGCACAUUUGGCCGACAGCUUUUGCGUGGGUGUGGAUGCCCCUGACACCGACUUUCACGCUUUGAAGGGCAAUUGGCGCCCUGUGUCCCCAGAAGAAAUGCAUCACUGCAUAAUCUUCACUCUUGCUGCCGCAAUCGAUUCUGGCGAGGUUGACGAUGCUGGUUUGGAUCAGUGGCGCACCAUGAUUUUGUCUUGUCCCGUGAUGAUCAUUCUCAUGGAUGGCGGCCCGGACCAGCUUUUUUGGCAAGCUUUCAAAAAGCGCCAGCAAGUGGUUGCAAACUAUGAGGCCUGUCGCCGAACCGCAAGGCAACUCGCUUACGAAGUUGCAUCUCUGAAAGCACAGAAGGAAGCCGAGUCUGGCGAAAUCUUGUCAGUGAAAGAUUUGAGCGACUUGUUUGCCUUGCACCAGUCGGACAUGGCAAUCGCAAGCAAGCGGACAGACAUGGCGGAUGGAUUCGUGAAGGACUGCAUUUUUGUGUUUGAGAAGAUGCUGAGCGAUCCAGUGUGCAACGCUUGCUUGGACGUGUUGGAAGAGAAGUAUGGCCUGUCCUCCCCACUGAACUCACUUCAGAAAAUGCGAGUGAUCAUUGAGAAGUCAGAAUCGACUCCAACCAGGCAAUGGGUCAUGGAAGUGAUCACUGACAUGGUGAUUAAUGGACAGAUCGAUCGGGAAACCAUCAGCAAAUCCUACCUGCAGGGAAGUGGCACCAAUGCAUCAUUGGUUGAACUGUUGAAGCUCAAGCUCCAAACAGUCAAGCAUUUCCUCCAGGUUGAGAUGCCGCGCAGCCAGUUUCACGUGCCUGACUUGAAGAUGAUCGAGCAGAAGAUUUUGACCCUUUCAGAUUACCGGGUCUACGUCACUCCCGGGAAGGCUGGUAACAGAGAGGCCGACAACAAAUGGAUGAGCACCCUCAAAUGUAGCAGCAUUGCUUGCUUGAAGUUGGUGGAGGACAUCCUCUACACAACAAAUUUGAAUGGUGCUAUGAUCGCUUUGCUGCGCAAAGGCAAGGGUGCGAGCCCAUUGGAACUGAUGGAGAUUGAAACAUUCAGCCUCCGAUGGAAGGCCGCAGUUGCCGCGAAAGACAAUGAGAUCGCAGCUGAACGAGCUCUUGACGGCAAGCAAAAGGACCAGGAGGUGGAGGAGGAGACGGACGAGUGCAAGAAGAUAGCCCUUGGCUCAGUUCAAGCUGAACCUUCAAAGUACCAGAGGGGGAGCGCGCAGCACUACACUGCGACGGCUGCGCAACAAGUGCAGAUCUAUGUUUCCCUCGUUGUUGAGCCUCCAACUUUGGCAGGUGUUGCUCGGGUGAUUGAAGAGAGCCAGCUGUCUGGCAAGUACCAAGGUGCUCAAGGCAAAAGCUGCAUCAUGAUCCACUUUGACGUACAGCUUUUCGCAGAAGCCGUGAAAAGACCUGACAGAAGAGCGCCUGCUCUCACUGCAGCCCUUCUGAAGAAGUUGGUCCACGGGGCGAUCAAGGGAAGGGGUGGCUCUCCCAACCAAAAGGUGGGCCCGGACCACUAUGACAAACCGUUGGAUGGAGAUUUCAUUUUUUUGAAUGAUGGAGGUCGCGACGUGGUUGACAUAUUGCUGUCCCCAUUCAAGACGAAGGACGCCAAAGGUGCGGCUCUUGCUCACUAUCUGGAAGUUUCUGAGGUCACCCUUUGCUUGAGUCAGGAAUCAGUUGAAUCGAAAAGAAAGCUCAAUCGUGGAAUGACCAACCAAAUCCAACGCUGGCACGUUGUAUCCACGGAGUCCCUGGCGUCUUGGCUUCCGGAGCGAAAGCACACCAAGUACCCCGGGACCAACCGUGGCAACUGCAUCGGAUGGAUCGGGAAAGACAUGUACGGGGCCAAGAUGAUGGGCGGCUCCGAUGUCGCAGUUGAGGAUGGCAAGGAGGAGGAAAGAUCUGACGACAGCUUCGAACCAGCCUUUUACCAUCACCUCCCCGAAUCCUUGUACUCAGAUGCCAUUGGGGCAUAUGAGGUCCGUGGUUGCCUGGAUCUGACUCCGGGAUGUGGAGAUCUUGCACGGGCAUGUUUGCUUCGCCGCGUGCCGUACUUGGGAUUGGGAAUGACGGACCAACAUUGCUCCUUGCUCAAGGCACAGCUGGUGGAGUUCAUCAAGAUGCAGAUGAGGUCUGAAGGAUCAACUUACUACAGCCCUGAGUGGGCUGCUGCGUCAGACUCUGCCACGACGGCAAAGGAGGAGAAAAAACGCAAGAAUCAAUCCGAUCCCAAGAUUCAGCCCAAGCCACCCAAGAAGCCCAAGAACAAGAAGAAAGACGAGGAAGAGUUGCUCGAAGAUUCGGAUUCCGCUUCAGAGACUGAGGCGAAGUGA